AUGGAAAAAGAUAUAAGUGGUCUUGACAAUGUUGAAAAUGACAGUGGAAAUCACCAAAACGACACCGAACAAGAGGAUAUCUCCGAAAACAGGUUUAAUCGAAUAUCGAUCGAAAAUCAAAUUUGGAAAUCACUCAACAGAAGAUUAAAUAAAAUACCGGAUGAUCCAUUGGUGACAUUAAGUGAAGUUAUCGAAGCACAUGAAGAACUUGAAGCAGAAGCUGAGGCUCUACUUGGAGGAGCUAACGCUAAUGUUUGCACAUAUCCGGAAGGAUAUAAACCACGACAACCAUUGUACUCUUGUCGUGAUUGUACAAGUACCACAGGACCUGCGGCACUUUGCUAUGCGUGUAGCGUUAAUUGUCAUGAUGGUCAUGAACUUGUUGAGUUGUACACAAAGCGGAACUUUUGUUGCGAUUGUGGAAAUUCUAAAUUUAAAAAUGCUUGCACACUUUACAAAGAAAAGAAACCUUUAAAUGAGCGAAAUCAGUACAAUCAUAAUUUCGAUGGUCUCUACUGUACUUGCAAUAGACCAUAUCCAUGCGAAGAAUACGACGAUUGCGAAAUGCUACAAUGCAUAAUAUGCGAGGAUUGGUUUCAUUUGCAGCAUCUGGAGGAAACACCCGACAGUGUUGAUACAAGCGAAGUGGAGGAGGUCAUCUGUCGAAAUUGUGUCACGCGUUUUACAUUCCUGCUAUUUUACGCUGAUGGAACAUACAAAGAAGUCUGUGCAGAUAAUAAAUUAUGUAAGCUGAAAUGGCUUGAAGCAAAUGCCAAAACAGAUGAAAACAGUCAACCGUGUUCUCUGUUUUUCAACUCUUAUAAAUGGAGAAAUCGUUUAUGUCAAUGUAAAAUUUGUUCGAAUUUUUACGAAGAUAAUAAUCUGCAGUUUUUGACUGAUCUCACAGAUUGUAUGCAAACAUUUGUUGAAUCACACAGUAAUAAAAGUAAUGAUAAACCAAAGGAUGAUGAUCGAGUUAUGACAAAUGCAUUAAUUGAUGUGGCUGGUCGUGAAGGAGCAAUAACCCUUUUUAAAGGGUAUGAAGAAAUGAAGCGGAAAUUAGGAAAUCAUUUGAAGCGAUUAGCCGAUGAAGGAAGAGAAGUGAAGAAAGAAGAUAUUGAUCAAUUUUUUCAAGAACUUGAAAUGGAACGUAAACGACGUCGUGAAGAUAUUCUCUCUCAAUUAUAA